AGAACAGCAAUCCUUAGCCGUUGGAUAAAAAACUCCCACAGUCAAACCCAACCCCCCAUCUAAAAGUAGAAGUAAACCCUCACUCUUUCUCCUCCCUCAAGGAUCCACCACCAUUUCCCGGAGUCUACCCUCGUUAAGGGGAAAUCUUCCUGGGGAUAAAUUCCAAGAGCUUGUGUAUUGAAAGAGUAAUGGUGGACCCAUGGUGGUCUUUAUUGGGUGCAGCAAUACCUGCUAUAAUUGCAGGGCAAGCAUUGAGGAUGAAGAAAAGAAGAGCUGAUGAGCAGAGGUUAAAGAGUGCUAGAGGCCGUGAAAAGAGCUCCGAUGAAAUUUUUGUUUGCGAGAGGGUAUGCACAUCGAAGAGGAUGCUAAAGAAGGUUGGUGCAUUAUCUAAAGAUCCAACUAUUGAUACUUGUGUGACUGUUUGUGGUGUUUCUGAGCUCGAUGCUUGUGCCGAUGCGUGUGCCAGAACUGUUUGUGUGAAUCAACACCAAGUGCCUAACUGGAAUGAUAUUUGCCUUCGGAGGUGCCAAAGUGAGUGUCUUAGGCUAUCCAGAUCCUUUGAAACUUCUUGAGAGGCUCUUGUACCGUGUCUGUCGUCUGUCUUGGAUUUACAUAAAGUUUAGUGUAAUUUACAUUUCCUCGAGGAAUUUGAUGGAAUACUUUGUUCAAAAUGGGAAUGGAAAAGUAAAAGGAAAUUAGCAUUU